UAAAACGUAAGAGGAGGGAUAUGGUGCUAUCAUCAUGGCGGGAUGCAUGAAAAUGACAAACGCUUUCAUUUCUGCAAGUGCUAAGUCAGUGGUUUUCAUGGCGCUGCUUAUCUGCUUACCUCGAACCUCACACCAGGAUACGGGAAACAAGUCUCUAAUACUUAAUCUCGGGGAUGGAGAGCAGUAUGUGAAGACAGGGUCCAAUCUCUUCUGUUAUAACAACGCCAUACUGCCGACCUGGAAGCAUAUCUGGACCAGGAUUCAGGUCAGAGUGUGGAGUUCAAACACGUUUAAGGUGGAGACUGUAGAUGGGGAGGAGGAGCUGCAGGAGCUGGAGCGCUUCAGUGUCUGGGGCUGGUUCCAGAGCUUGUUACGUGAGGGCCACAAUGAAACCACCAUUAACAUCAGCUUGUUCAGCAAGAAGACCUGCUUCAAGAUCGACCCCGCUGAUAACACUAAGUACACUGUCAAGUCAAUUCGUAAGUUUGAUAUCUAUCUGUUUUUGGUAUUCCUCACCGGAACGUUGUUAUUCCUCUUUGCAGACUCACUCAGCAGGAGUCAAGUUUUCUUCUACUCUGCCGGUAUGAGCACAGGUAUGAUCGCCUCCCUCAUCAUCCUCCUGUUCAUAUUGGCUCGCUUUUUGCCAAAGAAAAGCCCUUUUUACGUAUUGAUAAUUGGCGGCUGGUCAUUCUCCGUGUACGCCAUCCAGCUUGUCUGCAGGAAUCUCGGUGUGAUUCUGCGAGAACACUGGAACAUGGCAUUAGGUUAUGUGGUGGUAGUGGGAUUCAUCAGUUUUGCUGUGUGUUAUCGAUACGGUCCUCUGGUGGAUAAGAAGAGCAUCAACAUCCUGUCGUGGACGCUGCAGCUCUUUGGCCUGCUCCUGAUUUAUUUAGGAAUUCAAAUCCAGCAAGUCGCGUUCGCCAUCAUCGUGGCGGCUUUGCUCUCCAAACAUCUGGAGUAUCCAGUCUAUCUGGCAGUUGUUGCAUGGAGGAGGAUCAGAAGGUUUGUUCACUGGAAGCCAGAGCCGCGUCGCCUGCUGACUGAGGAAGAGUAUCAGAAGCAAGCGGAGGAAGAGACUCGGCGAGCGCUGGAAGAGUUGCGGAAGUACUGUAACAGCCCAGAGUUCAGCCCGUGGAAGGCAGUGUCCAGGCUUCAGUCCCCAAAAAGGUUUGCUGAUUUUAUCGAAGGGUCACCUCACUUGAUGUCAAACGAGGUGUCCGUCCACGCGCAGGAAUAUGGCUUCGGAGGAUCGUUUUUCGAGGACGAAUUUUUUGACACAGAUGACGAAGAAGAAGAAGAUAUUAAACCUAUGACAAAACCAGAGUGAGGAAGCGCAGUGUCAGAGGAUGUGUGUAAAAAAGAAAACAGAAACAAUCAUUUUUUUUUGCCUUUCAGAAAAGGUGAUUGGAGAACGGCUCCCUGUGGCUUCUCUGUAAACGUCAAAGACUGACUUUGAGCAAUCAGUGUGGAGGCGGGGUCAACAAAUGACUGGAUUGUCAUCGUAGUAAUACGAGCCAACUUGCGUCACAGUGUUCAUCCAAGAAAUGACAAGCAGAACAAAUGUGGUCAGAUUUGUUAAAAAUGGUAAUGUGAUGUAUUUUCAAAAAAACAAAACACCAAAAACCAAAUGUCUUCUUUUUUUGGGGAACAAAGGCUUCUGUUAAACUUGAAGUUAUGAACUCAGUGAUUGAGACCGGUUGGAGAUCAAAGCAAUUGAACUUUUACUGUGUGAUUGUAGUUUGUGUUGUCUUAAGUCGUAACUCAGAAAUACGUUUAUGUUUUAGUUUUCAGAACUCUUUUUUUUUUUUGUGUGUGUUUUACAGCCUUGAGGCUCUAAAUGGGCUCCCUGCAAAUGCAAACUAGGAGCGUUCAGGUUACAUGUAUCCACGUCACUGUGAUGAGUUCUCAUUUUUCUGAGAUAGCAGCAUGAUGAGGUACAAGUACUCAUGUUUAUAUUCCCAAAGUAUUUUGAAUAAAAAAAAAUAUAUUUCA